AAUACAUCGGUAGAUUCAUCUAAUUUUACCAGAAGCUUACAAUUUCAGAAAAAAAACAAUUUCCAUAUUAAUACAAGUUUUAUAAAUGAAAUUUAAACUUUUGAUAAUUAAAGUUUUUCAUAAUGGCUGAGUAUCUUGCAUCGAUUUUCGGAACUGAAAAGGAUAAAGUAAAUUGUUCAUUUUACUUUAAAAUCGGAGCAUGUAGACAUGGAGAUCGAUGUUCUCGAAUACAUAAUAAACCAACAUUUUCACAAACCGUGUUAUUACAAAAUCUUUAUGUAAAUCCACAGAAUUCUGCUAAAUCGGCAGAUGGUAGUCAUUUGGUUGCAAAUGUUUCGGAUGAAGAAAUGCAAGAGCAUUACGAUAAUUUCUUUGAAGAUGUAUUUGUUGAAUGUGAAGAUAAGUAUGGGGAAAUUGAAGAGAUGAAUGUUUGUGAUAAUCUUGGAGAUCAUUUAGUAGGAAAUGUUUAUAUUAAGUUUCGCCGUGAGGAGGAUGCCGAAAGGGCUGUAAACGAUUUAAAUAAUCGUUGGUUUGGUGGCCGUCCCGUUUAUGCUGAAUUAUCACCAGUGACUGAUUUUCGCGAAGCUUGUUGCCGACAAUACGAGAUGGGAGAAUGUACACGUUCCGGAUUUUGCAAUUUCAUGCACUUGAAACCAAUUUCACGUGAAUUAAGGCGAUAUCUAUAUUCUCGAAGAAAAGGAGGUGCAGGUGUAGGUGGAGGUAGACGUCGAUCAAGAACACGUUCGCGUUCACCACGAGGAGGUGGCGGCGGUGGAGGAGGUGGUGGUCGUAGACGAUCUAGAUCUCGAGAUCGACGUUCUCGAUCUAGAGGACGUAAAGGACCGGAACCACCACGACGAGAAGGACGUUCAGGAAGAUAUUAGAGUUUUUUUUUUAAAUAUCUUUUUUUUUGAAUUUUUAUAGACGAUUGAAUACUGAUAUUAUUUGGGACAAUGUUUUUAUUUUACAUUACAGCUAUGGAAUUCAUAACUGAGAAUUUUAUUGUCUAAAGUUGUCUAUAAAUUUUUUUCUUAAGAUUAUAACUGUUGUGAACCUCAUAAUUGACCGACUUGUAAAAUCCAACCCACAAUCAAUUGAUGACAAUAUUCAAUUGAAACUAUGUGAAAGAACCAACCCAACGUCUGUAAAAUCCUUUGAUGGUUUGCUUGUAUUCCUAUUCAACCACACACCUAUAUCGAUUCACUGCCACAGCGUAUGGAUUUCAUCCCAGUACAUCUUAGACGCUGAAAUAAAAUACUACAACUUUUUCAAUUUUACGACAAACUUUUUAGUUUUAGGUCUUAGCAAAAAGUAUGUUUAUAUUUAAACCGAAACUUACUAUAUCAUGUAAAUGUUCAUUAUAAAAAUAAUAAAGUUGGAAAAUUGCUAAUACUGAGAUGAAUUUUAUCCACUGCGGCUAAUUGCGAUUAAUAAAAUAAAUUAUAAAUAUUCAUGCAUAUUUUUCGAAUUUCAAAAAGUUGGAUUGCAAUAAAAAAUAUCGCCUCUCUUUUCUAUAUAUGUUGAUCUGUUGCCAAGACUUCCAACUGCUUCUUUUAAUGAAGCUAAUUUUAUGUAGCAUUCUUAAUAUGCUAAUAUGAUGUCUCAUUGUCAGUUAUUUUCUUUAAUUUACAUUCUAAAAAAACUGGAUACAUGGUCUCCUCUUAAGAAGUCGAUCUCUUACAGAUUGUAUAGUUCAUUUAAUUAUAUUAUUAUUAUCAAAUAAACGUCAAGAAAACGCAACCUUUUCAAAAAAAAUCGUCAAAUCCAGUCAAGUUUGAUAGAAUCGUCAAAAGAAAGACACUCAGGAGUUAUAAAAAUGUAUUUAUCAUUUAAAAAACCCGUGGUGUCCCAGGUCUAAAAUGUAUGGAAAAAUUAUUAAAAAACUAAUCUGCCCUAUAAAUAAUAUUUAAUUCAUAGAUUCUAAAAUUAUUCUCCAUAAAGUUGUAUACAUUAUAGUUUAGUUAUAUGAUGUAUUAUAAUUAAUGGGCUUGCGAAGCUGAUAAAAAGCAUGCCGAUGCUCUUAAAAAUCAAAUAUUAAGAAAUCAUUUAUAAUUUCUUAUUGGUUGAUCGAUAGGGUUAUUCACGCUGCAUUGUAUCGACUAAACAGGCCCUAUUUAAGAUUAUCAUAGCUAUUCCGUAAGAAAUAACGUAUCGAUGUUUUUGACGGAAAAAUUGUGAUAAUUUGUUUAAUAUUUAAUUUAAGUCUUAUAAAUAAGUUUUAGUAUUAUGUGUCAGAAAUCUUGGAAUAAUAAAACACGUGUUUGAUAUA